GCGACCAAGGAAAAAAAAAAAGGCAUCCAAGAUCCCAUCUCUCUUCUUUUGCAUACUUUUAGAUUUCAGACAAUCAUCGCCUAUACGAGACAUCCAUUACAACUUUCAAACAAGACGCUGAAGACCGCAAAAAUGGCGCCCGUUGCCACCGAAUUCGAAAAAAUCAUCAAUACCGCCCGAGAGCGCAAGAAGAAUGAGGCUCUCGCCGACAAGAUCUUCUCCAGGGGCCGUCGCCAGAGCGCACCGACCAACUCCAAGCCUCAGAUCGGAGGAUCGCUCGCCAGCCGUGUCGGCGUGAAGAAGUCCCAGCCUCAGAACAAAGCCGUCACCGCAACCUCAUCUCGACGCCGCAGAGCAAGCGUGCCCGCGGGCGAUGUCAACGGCGAAUGGACUCACGAUCUGCACAGCACCGUCAACCGACCCAACUCAUCCGCCAAUGCCCCUCUCAGCUCUCGAAUCACCCUCCCCGGCGGUGCUGCCGCCAACAGUGCCGCCAAGAAAGCCGCCGCCAAGAAAAAAGUCGCUAGACUAACGGCUGCCUUCGACCGCAUGGAGACCGACGACUCUGUCAAACGCCAGGUCAACAUUGUAAAGAACGGCAAGUCCCAGGCGCGAGAUACCGGCAUGACGAUUCGGGGGCUUGCAGGACCGUUUGCCGUCAUGGCACAGAACUUUGCGCCUGGAACGACGGCGGCGGAUAUCGAGAGCGCAAUGACGCCGGUUGGUGGCGAGAUGGUCAGCUGCGAAAUCGUCAAGACGCAGCCGUUUAUCAUUGUGGAGAUGGUGUUUGCAUCAAGAGAGGGCGGAGAGAAAGUAAUUGAGACGUUCAACAACAAGACUGCCGACGGUAGAAUCAUCAAAGUGUACCCCAAGCCAGGCGGCUACAAGGCAAAUCGCAAUUCACCCUUCUCAGGACGCCAAAAGACAUCCCAAGACGACGACCUAAUCGUCGACUACAACAACGACCUCAUGGACAGGGAGAACGUGCCCCCCUCGUCAAGGGGCGGCAGCAACAGGCUGCAAUACAACAACGACGGCAAUAAGAACAAUAACAUCAACAAGCGAGGCCGAGGAUUCCAAAAGGGUUCCAACAACGGCGGACGAUAGACUCGUUCGCGGUCGGCAGAGCUCAGACGGAGAAGAUCUGUAUCAUAAAAAGAGUUCAAGGUCGAGGAUCAGACCUCUCCUCCUCCUCUUUAUUUUUUUUUUUUUUUUGCAUUCUUUGCUUUUCUUGUAUUUCCACGGGGUGCCACCUUUCUCUUUAUGUUUUUAGGACUACAGCGGUUUCCUUGCCUUGGGGGGGUUUAACUCGGACAUAUAUGAUACGGCUAAUAAUCGAGCGUUUUGUUUACUUUUUUUUCCUAUUUUUCUUUCUUCCCCUUCUGCCACUUUUUUAAGCAUCGAGAGUGGUAGUAUGUAUGUGUUAGUAGUGUUUGGAAAUAUUUUUCACUGAGGAAGGGUGGUAUGGACGGUUGGAUGGAAUAGGGAAUGCC